AUGAUGUAUAUAGAAAUAAAUGAUUAUUCCCAUAUAAAAGACGUACAGAAGUCUACAAACGAAGAGAAUCUCUUAAAUUUAUCAUAUUUUAAUACGAUAGUUAAUUUUAUACGUAUAAUUAUGAAUAUUUUAAUAUUUAUAUAUAUAAAUAUUUUUAAUUAUAAUAUAUUUAUAACCGUAUAUAAAAUUGAUAAAAUAAAAGGGAUAACCCUUCUGUGUUUAUCCUUCUCCUCACUUUGUUUGCUCCUAAUUAAGGAAUUAUAUACGAAUAUUAUUAUUAUUAAUAUUACUGCAGUAUUAUACGUUAUAUUCCUGAUUAUUCCUUCUGUUAUAUUCCAGCAGUAUUGGAUACCCUUCUUAAUAAGUAAUUCAGUCAUUUUAUCGUCUGAGUAUGCUUAUAUAAGUAUAAUUAGUGUACUUAUCAUGAUAAUUAAGUAUAAUUGUAGUAAUAGACUAAUUAUCACAGUAAUAGAAAGUGUUCCCAGUGUAAUUGGUCUAAUAUCAUUGAUUGAGUAUGAAAUUAGACUAAUUUACAUGAAAAACAUAAGGAUUACCAAGUUUAAAGUAUCAAUUACUUGUUUUUUCUCAUUUAUAUUCAUGAUAAUUGGGAUUAUUCUGUUUUAUAUUGAUGUAAUUCAUGAUAUACUCAAAAAUCAGGUUAUAACGGUAUAAUAAAAUUUUCAAAAUCAAAAUUUACUCAUUCAUUAAUAAAGCA